AUGUCAUUUCCAUAUGAAUAUAUUUUCAAGUACAUUAUUAUUGGUGAUAUGGGUGUAGGUAAAUCAUGUCUGCUACAUCAAUUCACAGAGAAUAAGUUCGUACCUGAUAAUCCACAUACUAUUGGUGUAGAAUUUGGAACCAGAAUCGUUGAUGUUAACAACAAAAAGAUUAAAUUGCAAAUUUGGGAUACUGCUGGUCAAGAAAGAUUUAGAGCAGUUACAAGAAGUUAUUAUAGAGGUGCAGCUGGUGCAUUAUUGGUUUACGAUAUUACAAGAAGAAUUACAUACAAUCACUUGACCAAUUGGCUAACUGAUGCCAGAAACUUAACCAACCCAAAUACUGUUAUUAUGCUCAUUGGUAACAAAAAGGAUCUCGAUGGACAAAGAGACGUUACAUACGAAGAGGCUUCCACAUUUGCCAAACAAAAUGGUUUGAUUUUUGUUGAAUCUAGUGCAAAGACUGGUGAAAAUGUAGAAGAGGCUUUCUUAAAGACUGCUAGAUUGAUUUUCCAAAGCGUUCAAGAGGGAAAUGUCGAUUUAAUUCCAGAUGGAGGCAUUACCAAGGGUAACAAUGUAUUACCUACACCACCAGCUGAGCAACCAAAGAAUUGCCAAUGUUAA